AUGAAUCACUUGCUACUUAUUUUAACGCUGCUAAUAACAGCUAACGUUAAUGCGAAACCACUCGAACAACAAAAUCAAGAUGGCGACGAACACAAAGUGACGCAACUCCGCCAAGAUUUCAAACUUGUCGCCUACGUGGAGAAUUUCAAAAACAUAAUGGCGGAAUACGUUAGCUCAGAAUACAGACACCUAACAAUCAAUGAAGUUGAGAAAGUUAAAGCGACGCUUGAAGAGUUCUUGCAUAACUUCGCGAAAGAUUUGAAAGAAAUCCUUGACCACCCUGAAGAGAGCCGCAAAUUUGUUGAGAACCGAUACCAAGUCGAUGAUGGUAUUUCGGACGCGACGUUUGAAGAAAUAAAGCAAAGAGUGAUGCACGAAUUCUCUGAUAUUGGCGAUGAAACGGCAAACGAAAUCGUGUAUAGAUUGAGAAGGAAUUUGUUGUGGACGCGGCAGAAGUUGGAUCAUAUUAUCGAAGAUUCUAGAAGAGCUAAUGUAGCAAAUUCUUAA